UUACCACCACCUCCGGUUGAGAUCGAAGGAGAAGAAGAAUGGGAAGUCGAAGAUAUUUUGGAUUCGAGGAAACGAAGAGGAAGGUUUGAGUACUUGGUACGAUAUAGAGGAUAUGAUGAAGCCUCCUGGCAACCACUAUCAGACCUUGAACAUUCACCUGAUAUUGUCAAACGAUUCCAUGAGCGUUAUCCAGGAAAGCCUAAGCCUACCAGGAGGUAG